UCUGAGUGUGCUAUGAAUUUAAUGUUGUUCAAGUUUUUUCGCACAUAAUAUCUAUUAUUUUUAUCUUGCACAAGCUCGUGCAAAAUUAAGAGAGUGACAAAUAUGUCGUCAUCGUUUUAAAUUUCUAGUGACUGUAGUUUUAUUUUGCGCUUCAGAAUCAAAUUAGGAUCGACGGCAAAAAGUGUAAACUGAAAAAAAAUAUUUUCCUGGAUAUAGCAGAGCUAUAAAAAUUUCUGGUGCGCCCCGGAGAAGUAGUCUGACAGCAAAAUUUAACCAAUGGCAUUCCAAUGUGCCGACAUUUUUCACAACCACUCUUGUAAUGAUAACCAUUUCCAGCAGCAUGAGGUCCGCACUCGACUGACUUGCACCGAAUCAACGAAACUAAUGCCAAUUAUGGCUCCCAUGACAGGAAAAGUGACUGGCUUCACUAAAUUCCCAAGAAAGCGCUUCUCAGCAGGCCACAACGGCACCUCCGGAGUAAGUGGUCCAAAUGCUCCUAAUUCCUCCCGGAAACCGGCUCAAAUAUGCAAGCCAUCUCGCACCUCAUCUAAACCGCGUAUCAUGAAACUAAGUAAAACUGGAUGCGACGAUCUACUCACUGAGAUGUGUAGAUUGGAUCUCGAUGACACACUUCGCCUUCCUCGAAGUAUUUGCGACAUCUGUGAGGAGUUUGAACGCUGCGAAAAUAGUGCAACAAAGAAACCAAAACCCAAACAGAGUGGAACCCAAACCACUGCCCGGCAAUGUUAUCCAUGCUGGCCUCCAUGCAGUCCUUGCCCUUGCCCCCCGCUCUGCGCUCCACUUUGCCCUCCGCAGUGUCCACCACCAUGCCCACCACCACCUUGUCCACCGCCGUGUCCACCGUAUGCUUCCGCAUCGUGCUCUUCGAGCUCAGUAUGCUGCAAUCAGCCAGUUUCGCAGAUGUGUCACCCGAUGUGCUGUUCAAUGCCUCCAGGGCCGCCAUGCUGGUCCAUGGAGAUGGCUCCGACGUCCAACCGUAAUCCUAAUACACCAGACUAUGACUGCAAGCCGACAGUCCACGCAACCUGGCCAUCGUUCGAACCCUUGCCUAUGCCAGACCCCAUGCCUCCGUGCCUACCUUUUCCGCUCCUUAUGCCAAAACCUUGUUACAAUUGUCCCGAAAAUUGCGACUGCGGGGACGUUGAUUCUGACGAUGACCACCACCAAUGCACCAGUAGCUUUGCUCCAAUGGAUUAUUUAGCUAAAUUUCUGGCUGACGAGGUUGAAUCACUAAAUAAAGAAAUGUCGCAAGCGUGUGCAAGCGACCCUGACAUUAAGCUAGAAGAAUGCUUGCGUGAAAAGUACCUGGCCGGGUCGACGCUAUGCUCAGAUAUGAGGUGCGCUUUGUUGAAAGUGAAGCAAGUCAAGAAGGUGGAAUGCGAAAUAUUAGCCAUCAAGCAAAAGAUCUGCGUGGUCGACCUGCAAUGUCUUACCGAGGAGGACUCUUUAUUCUGCCCUAAAGUCGCUGUCCAGCACGUGAGCAUGCUUCAGUCGAAACUGGAGAAAGUGUUCAGUGGAUUUAAACUGAAGGAAGGCAUGCAUGUUAUGUGCAAAGAGGCAAUGAACAGGCUUAAUGAUCGGAAUAAGAAACUGAAGCAACUAAUUACGCAGGCGGGGGAUGUUAUUAAGAAAAUUAAGGAAGAGAUUGCUAAAGUCGAAAACGCUAUUUGCUAUGAAAAGGAAUGCCCACCUUUUGCCAAAAAAAAUGGUGAAAAUGGUGGUGGCGCAGACGCACCGGAAGCACCAGAAGCACCAGAAGCACCAGAAGCAACUGAAGGCUGAAGGUAAAGCCGAAAGCAAGGAUUAGAAAGAAACACUUGCUUUCUACAUAUGUAGCCAAAUUGUUCUAAAUUAACCAAUUCCAACUUGUAACUUAUGCCCAGAAAUUGCUGAGGUCUUAAGAUAUCUCCUGAAGAUGGUUUAAAUUUUAAACCCCUUUUACCACCAAAAAUUGAAACGUGCUCCGGGUUUAUUGAUGCUUGUUUUACAAUUACAUUAGCGAGUCUAAUUUUUGUUUUUCUGCGACAAUAAAAUAUGAAAUGCUUUUGAAAUAA